UGGUGCGUCAUGACGUUGGCCGAAGCAGUUGACGGCGCAGCCAGGGCUUGAGUGAGACUGGCGGAGAGAGUUUGUGUUUGAUCCAGACAAGGGGUUGCAGUAAAGUCGCAGAGAGAGAGAGAGAGAGAGAGAGAGAGGUUGCGGUGGUCGCCCGGGAGAGAUGUGUGAGGUGGCGGUUGACGGCGGCCUCCACGAGCUGGUGACGCGCGCGGCGGCGAGGCACGGCGCGAGGACGGCGGUUUGUGACGAGGGCGCAGGCGCGGUGCGGCGGUGCUGCUCCUACCGCCAACUGGUCUGCCGGGCAGAGGCGCUCCGACAGCGGCUACAGUUGCACUGCCAGUGCACACACGGCCAUGCGAUUGGGAUGUACUGCCAGCCGUCUGUAAACCUGCCCAGCUGCAUCUUGGGAAUUCUUCAAGCUGGAGCAGCUUUUUGUCCACUUGAUCCAGAAAGUUCCCCUCGUUUAUCAGCCUAUUUUAUUCAAAUGUGCAAAAUGAAGUAUAUCCUUAUUCAGAAAGAUAUAAUACAGAAAUUCAUAGACUCGUUGUCAGGCUGGUUGAGCUUUGAUGUUGAGUGUGACAUACCGCAACUGGAUGUAAUACUUGUGAAGAUCCAGUGGCUGAUGACAAAUGUGGAUUCCUUUGCUUCAGAACCCAGAAGCACAGAAAACGUCAUUCACACCAAAGUGGGUGUUUUAAAAGAAGAGAGAUUACAGACUACUGACAAAGAUAAAAUAAAUCAUGCAUCUAAACAUGUUGACUGCCAUGGUUUCUUGGCCUACAUUUUGCAAACUUCAGGUACUACAGGAGCACCAAAAAUUGUCCGAGUACCUCAUCAGUGCAUUGUUCCCAAUAUACAGCAUCUCAUGUCAAUCUUUGAUGUUUCAUCAGAUGAUGUAAUAUUUAUGGCCUCUCCUCUGACAUUCGACCCCUCAAUUAUUGAAAUAUUUCUGGCCCUGUGCAGUGGAGCUACACUGCUUAUUGUUCCAACAGUUAUUAAAAUGAUGCCAAAGAGACUAACAAAAGUUCUUUUUAGUCAUCAUAAGGUGUCUAUAAUGCAGGCCACCCCGACGUUAAUUAAAAGUUUUGGAUCCAAAAUUUUGACAUCUGUAGUGCUUUCAACUAAUUCAUCAUUGCGUGUGUUAGCACUUGGUGGAGAAGCAUUUCCUUCAUUACAUGUACUAAAAGGCUGGCGUGAAAAAGGAAAUAAAACUCAAAUUUUCAACCUUUAUGGGAUCACGGAAGUGUCAUGCUGGGCCACAUACUACAAAAUUCCUGAAGAAACUCUGCAUUGUACUGGACGACAUGAAGGCCAUGUGCCUUUAGGAGUCCCACUUUCAGGAACCAUUUUGAAUGUUAUGGAUGACUCUGGCCAAGUAAUCCAGGAAGGAGAAGGACAAGUUUUUAUAGGUGGUAAGGAACGAAUAUGCUUUCUAAAUGAAGAAAUAACUGUGUCCCCGGGAACUAUGAGAGCUACUGGGGACUGGGUAAUUGUUAAAGGUGGACAAAUGUAUUAUUUAGGUCGUAAAGACAACCAGAUUAAACGUCAUGGGAAACGUGUCAAUCUUGAAAGCAUACAACUGGUAGCUGAAAGCUUGAAGCAAGUGGAGGCCUGUGUAAUGACGAAAUGUGAUCAGGAUAAGCUGAUUCUGUUUGUUGUGCCCAGGGGCUUACCUGAACAACAGAAUACGAGUUCCAUUGAUUUCUGCAGAGGUAUACUCUCUGAUCUUGGAAAGCUGGUCUCUUCACAUGCUAUUCCAGAUGACGUUGUCCAGAUCGGUUCCAUACCAUUUACAGCUCAUGGCAAAAUAGACCAACGCGCUUUGAUUCGGAUUUACCAUGAAAAGACAAAGAGCUUAAAUUCAGAUCACAUGCUGACGAAGAAAGAACUUUGGGAAGGUAUUCAUCGACUUUGGAAGGUUGUUCUCCAUCUUCCAGAAGAUCAUGCGGAUGCUUCUGACCAUUGCAUGUUCCUAUACAGUGGAGGGGAUUCAUUAAAAGCUUUGAGGCUUGUAGAAGAAAUAGAGACACUUGUAAAACAAAGGAUAUUUGGACUUAUUGAAGUAAUUUUAAAUAGCCCAGUUCUAGAUAUUUACAAUUAUAUAAGCAAUGCAAUAUUUUGUGAAAUUGAGAAGAAGGAAAAACUUGGUGAUAAAAGUAACAGAAGGACAACACCAAAAAAGAUGAAAGAUAAAAGUGCAGGAUUUUAUUCCAAACAAAUUACCCAGUGGAAAUCAAUAACCAUUAAUGAUAGCAUUGCUACUAUAAGUAGAGGGAGUCAGAUCACAAAACUGCAUGUAAAUUUAAAUUCUGAUAACUCUGCAGAUAAACUUGGUAUACAAGAAGAUAAUGUGCUGACUGAUGGUGAUUCAAAUGGAGAGGAAAAGAAGGGACUUAAUUUUUUGAAUUUGCCUGAAAAUAUGAAUGAAAACAUAUCAUUAACUGAAGAAAAAAUGCCACUCAAGAAUAACUGGUUGGAGUUGUUUGGAAACCAAAUAGUAAAUCCAUUACAUGGUGAUGAGAAAUUCAUCCCAGAUAAUCUCUCAUCUUAUCGUGGAACUAUAUCAUUUAAAGUUAGAUGGAAGUCUGACACUGCGAAAUGUGUGGAUGCAUCUCCUCUCCUGGUGAUAUCGGGGAAUAAUGGCACAGAUGUAACCGUGUACAUUGGAUCUCACUCUCACAGGCUGCAAGCAAUUGAUAUUUUUUCUGGAGAAAUAAAAUGGGAGAGGAUUCUUGGAGAUCGGAUUGAGUCGUCUGCUUGUUUGUCCAGAUGUGGAAACUUUAUUAUCGUGGGUUGCUACGAUGGUUACAUAUAUGUACUGAGAAGAGUAGAUGGGGAAACAUACUGGACUUUUUACACACAGAAUUCAGUGAAAAGUUCUCCUAUUGUAGACCCUGACUUGGGAUUGGUCUUCAUUGGAUCACACGACCAACAUGUCUAUGCUUUGGAUAUUCUUGAUAAAGUCUGUGCCUGGAAAUUGCACUGUGGCAGAGGUGCUGUGUUCUCAACUCCUUAUUUGAACAAAUCGCCAAGGCUACUUUAUGUGGCAACUCUUGGGGAAUCAUUGAUUGCUGUCAAUCCAGACUCCGGAAGUACGGUCUGGAAACGUUCCUGUGGCAAGCCCUUAUUUUCUUCCCCACAGUGUACUUCUCGGUCUGUGUAUAUAGGUUGUGUUGAUGGGAGCCUGCAUUGCUUUAGCCACAAUGGUGAUCAGCUGUGGCAGUUUUCAACAGGAGGCCCUAUUUUUUCUUCACCAUGCAUCUACCACUUUUCUGCAACAAAACAGAAAAUAAUAUUUGGAUCUUAUGACUCUUUUGUGUACUGCUUGAAUGAAGAUGGAGAUCUUGUGUGGAAGUUUGAAACAAGCAAGCAAGUAUAUGCAGUUCCAUUUCUUUAUCCCAACUCCGAUUUUAAUGGCAGGACAUUGGUUGCUGUGAUGUCCACAGAUGGAAGUUUAUGGAUCCUUGUUGCUGCAACAGGAGAAUUGAUUACUUCAUAUUCCCUUCCAGGUGAAGUCUUUUCUUCACCAGUCAUAUGGGAAAAUAAACUUAUUGUAGGUUGCAGAAAUAACUAUGUGUACUGUGUGGAGAUGUCUACACUAGAAGAAAAAAGCCCUAGAUGAAAAUGAGUAGUGUGGCCAUACUUAGAGCCUGACUCACUGAGUUACUCCAGCACUUUGUAUCGUUUUCUGGAUAGGCUGGGACUGUUUUGCCUGGAGCAAAGAGGCCGAGAGGUGACCUUAUAGAAAUUUAGAAAAUCAUGAGGGGCAAAGAUAUGGCGAAUAGUUAGUCUUUUUUCCAGGAUAGGUGAGUGAAAAACUAGAGGGCAUAGAUGAAAGGGGAAAGACUUAAAGACGAACUGAAGGACAAACUUUUCACACAAGAUGAUGGGAACAUGGAAGUGGAUGCCAGGUUGUGGUACACCCAACACAUUGUUCAAAAUGUGUUUUGAAAAUGACAUUUGGACAGGUUCAUGGAUAGGAAAGGUUUAGAGAGAUAUAUACCGAACAUGGGGGAAUGCGACUAUCUCUGGUUAGCAAUGGACAAGUUGGGAAGGACUUGUUACCAUGCUGUAUAACACUGUGACUGUGAGUCUAUUACACGGAUCUGUUGAUUAUAGUAAAGACUCAUUUGGACUUUACAAAGUCUCUUUAUGUCACGUAAAAGGUGAAGAAAAAUAACAUUUGUUGGUUCACCUUUCCUCAUUACAUAUUAUUAUGCUCAAACAAUCACAACAUAGGGGCAUACAUGAUUAACCUAUUUUAAUGGCUUGAAUUUCAUAAUGAGUUCUGAAGACAUCGGUGCUUCAUUGUCCACCUGUACAAAAUUCAAGAGGCAAGACCAGCAGACUUUGUAACAAAGCUCAUUUUAAGGACACAUUAGAAGUUCAAACAAAAUUUAAUUUAUUGACCAUUGGCGCAGCAACAUCUUAAAAAUUCAGAGCACUAAAAUUAUCUUUAUACUAAUAAAGUAUUUGUGUUUUCAUUCGAGUGGAAUUAUGUCAAUGUUAUUUUUACUGUGAAGUUUCUAUAGAUCUGUUUAUUUAUUUGCAUGGAAUAGAAUUGGACUGAAUUAUAAUGUAUUAAAAUAGUUAUUGUUAUUGUAAACAAUAUUAAUGUGUUUUAAACAAGUUGCUGCAGCAACUCAGUGGUUAGGCAAUAUCUGAGGAGGCAGUGGGAUGGUUUUUUAAUAUUCCGCGUCGUGACUUUCGUCUGCCAUGAGUUCUAAUGCAGGAUCUUGACCCAAAAUCUUGACGUUUACCUCCGCAGGUAUUGUUUGACUUGCUGAGUGUCUCCAGCAGUUUGUUCUUUUUGCUCCAGCAGUCUCUUGUAUCUCCUCUUAAUAUGUUUCACUUCAUUGUGACCAUAAUUAGAAUCAUUCUUCAAAAUGAUGGAACAAAUAAAGGCCUUAAUUGUGUAAA